AUGUCGAACCUUCACAAUCCUCAUACUGGAGAGGCAGCAAGUGGCACUGUCAAGGCCAAUGGCGAGAAUCAGCCAGCGCCUGGCACGUACGUCAAAUGGGACGCUGAAGGUGUCGAGUACUAUCAGAAAGGCGAGCAGGAAAAGAUCCAUGAAGUCUCGGCUCAGUUCAACCGCUUUCAAAUGAUGAACUUCAAUGAACACCAUCAUUGCUUGAGAGGUACUCACCUCAAGACACAAGGCUGUGUUGUUGGCAAGUUCAUUGUCCACGACAACCUGCCCGAAUACCUUGCUCAGGGCAUGUUCAAACAACCAGGAACCUACGAUGUCAUCAUGCGAUAUUCCUCCUUGACACCCAAGAUCCUUCCCGACAAUCUCGCAGCUCCUCGAGGCAUUGGUAUGAAGAUCUUUGGAGUUGAGGGCGAAAAGAUCUGGGGAGAAGACAAGAAGACUCAAGACUGGACAUUCAACAACUACUCCGUCCUCGAGCUUAGAGAUCCACAGACUACCUACGAGAUUGCGGACUCGCUAGAGCGCAACUGGAACGACCUCCCAACUUUCGCGAAAGAGCAGGGGGAGAGAGUGGACGCCGAUGUAGCCACGUUGGGUGGCCAGUUGCCCCGCCAGUACAUGGUCGCCAUGCCAGAAUACUCCCAAUCAGCCUACCGUCACGGUGACUACGUUGCAAAGUACGGCGUCUUCCCAUUGGGUGAGGCCCAGAAGAAGAUUCAAGAUCAGGUUGUGAGGGAUGACGACCCAGUCAACAUCAUUUCCCAGCAUACCCGACAAUUCCAUAUGAACAACAAGGUCACCUACAGCUUCUGCGCCCAGAUGCUUCAGGAUCUCAAGGAGCAGUCUGUGGAAGACAUUGGCAUCGAAUGGGAUGAGAAGAAGUAUCCGUUUGAGCAGAUUGCCACCAUCGAGUUCGAGCCACAGGACAGCUGGCUACCAGAAUUCAGAGUCUGGUGGGAUGAUAGAAUCACUGUCAACUCAUGGCAUGGAUUGAAGGAACACAAACCGCUGGGAAGCACGAACCGUCUGCGACGCGUGGUGUAUGCUGAGAGCAGGAAGCUCAGACUCAGGGUCAAUGGUUUCAAGGACUACGUCGAGCCGGCGAAUCUGCACGACGUGCCUGCUCCUCUACCUGCACCACAGUUAGCGCUACCACACCAGCCUGCCUUGCAGACUGUAGAGGUACGAUGA